CCGGCUCUACACGCGCGCGCGCACAGCCUGGACGGCGGUUGCUCGAUGACUUGAGAGGCGUGUUUUUUUAAAAAACCAAUGCGCUGGCGUCGGUAGGGCGCAUGCGUCAAGCUCGCGACUGAGGCAGCCCACCUGCCCUUUUCUCGAAUAACUUUUUUCCGAGACUGAUUUUCCCGCGUCGGCUCGACGGGCUUGGUGAGCGCAUGCGCAGAAUGAGCCGAAAAGGGCCGUGGUUGUGGCUUGGGGAUACGCGAAGAAGGAAGCGCGGAGGUGUGAGAAACCUAGGCGCAUGCGCCGUGGGAGGAAGACGGAAACUGGGAAAGUCAGCUAAGAAUGUCCAUCGUAGCCAUUCAACUGGGUCAGUGCGGCAACCAGAUUGGGCGCGAGGUGUUCGAUACCAUCUGCACAGACCUCCACAGCUCCCAGGGGUUUUGCUCCAAGAAGGAGAACGACUCUUACCAGGCAGCUUGUAAAGAACGUUUCUUUGAGGAAAAAGAUGAAGGUUUGAUCGCUCGAGCUGUUCUGGUCGACAUGGAACCGAAAGUGAUCAACCAAACUUUAUCCUUCGCCUCAAGAACUGGGAAUUGGAGAUACGGCCCCCAGUCUGCCUUCUGUCAGAAACAAGGAUCGGGAAACAAUUGGGCACACGGGUACUGCGUCCACGGCCCGAAACACGAAGACGCGAUCAUGAACCUCAUUCAGAAGGAAGCGGAGAAAUGUGACCGGCUAAGUGGCUUCUUGAUGAUCAUGAGCAUGGCCGGUGGGACGGGGUCAGGCCUGGGGGCAUUUGUGACAGCAGCCCUAAGAGAAGCCUAUCCAAACUCCUUCCUGCUCAACCACGUCAUCUGGCCAUACGGAACCGGGGAGGUGAUUGUCCAAAAUUACAACUCCGUCCUGACGCUCUCCCACUUAUACCAAUCCUCGGACGCCCUUCUGGUGCAUGAAAAUGAUGCCGUCCAUAAGAUCUGCCUGCAGCUGAUGAAGAUCAAGCAGGUGUCUUUCCAGGAUGUCAAUCGAGCGAUCGCACAUCAGUUGGGAAGCGUCUUCCAGCCGGCCUACUCCUCUGAAGAGGCGGCUCACUACAGCAGGUCACCUCUAGGAGAUCUGAUGGAAGCUUUAGUCCCCCAUCCGGAGUUUAAGAUGCUGGGUCUCCGGGAUAUCCCUCAAAUGUCCGAGAAUUCCCUGGCCUACACCACCUUUGCUUGGCCUGGGCUCCUGAAACACCUCCGGCAGAUGCUCAUUGCCAACGCCAAAAUGGAAGAAGGUAUUGACUGGCAGGUGCGGCCUCCAACCAGCAGAGCUCCUACAGCUGGGAAACCCUCUUCGAACCGGACGGUUAAUUUCAAUACUUCCAUUGCCAAUUUGGUCACUCUGCGAGGGAAGGACGUGCAGUGUGCAGAUCUGGGGGGUUUCCAGGAUCCUGCCUUGUACACUCCCUGGCUCCAUCCUCCACAGGCUUUGAGCAUCUGGAAAACACCCAGAGCCUUCAAUAAGUAUGAGAAGUCAGCCUCUCUGGUCAGCAAUAGCCAGUUUCUGCUCAACCCACUCAACAGCCUUGUGGGGAAGGCUUGGAAAAUGUUCGCGUCGAAGGCUUACAUUCACCAGUAUUCAAAAUUUGGGAUUGAAGAAGAUGACUUCCUGAGCUGUUUCACCACCUUGGAACAAGUGAUUGCCAGCUACAGCAGCCUCUGAUUUCCCAAAGCACAUAAGGGCUCUGUGCCUUUUUCCAAGAGCAUCAUGGCAAUCUUCUAUGCCAGGGGUCUCCAACCUUGGCAACUUUAAGCC